UGAUCGACAUCGUCAUAUCUCAAUGCGCUCGCGUGUCAUGAUCAGUCACUUCCCGGAGUGGUUUCGCGACGAGAUAAUGAAGAAAGCAGAGACGCUUCGCCACUCUUGGUGCCAAAGGUUAAUCGACAUAUUUGUGGAAUCUGAGCAUGGGAGGUUACAGGGACUGAAGCAUCUGCAUAUAGUGGGUCCCAGGAGUCGAGACGUCACGGAGGCGGAUCCUGCAAUAACAUGGGUUCCAAGAAAGCCUGUGUUCGAGAAUUUGGAAGAGUUUCAUCUGGAUAAACUAGAUUGUGCAGAGUUGUGUGCCGUUCAAUUUCUACCACCUGGGUCUCUAUUCAAGUUGAAGGUACUGAAGGUAGAAUAUUGUUACAACUGGUGGAAUAUACUUUUACCAUCAACAUUGUUACAUAGACUACCAAAUUUGGAAGAAUUAACUGUUCGUCGGACGGACAGGAGUGAAUAUAUAUUUGGGUGUGAAGCCUUGCUUGUGUUGCAACAAUUAAAGUUGAAAAAGAUAGAAUUGUUUGCUCUAGCAACAGUAAGCAUAUGUGAUGGACCUGCUCCGCGUGCGAUGCUCCAGAAUCUUCAAAGUUUGUCCAUUAAGUGGUGCAAACAGUUGCAGGGAAGUCUCUUCACCUCUGAUGUUGCUCAGUGUCUUUCUCAGUUGAAAUACUUGGCAUUAGAGGGAUGCCUUUUGUUGGAAAGGAUAGUUGAAGCAAGCAACAAGAAGACCGUCCUUCCAAAAUUGAAGCAAUUACAUUUGAAGGAACUUCCAAUGUUAUACGAAAGUGCUACUUUUGAUAUUGAGUGUCCUUCAUUGGAGAAAGUGUCUCUGAAGGGCUGUCUUCCACCGGAACAAUUGGGAUUGAGAAAGAUAGCAUUGUCCACAGUUAGCAUAUGUGAUGGACCUUCUCGACUACCACGUGCAAUGUUCCAUAAUCUUCAAAGUUUGUUCAUAGAGUGGUGCAAGUCAGACGGAAGUCUCUUCACCUAUGAUGUUGCUCAGUGUCUUUCCCAGCUGAAUUCCUUAAAAUUAGAGAAUUCCCCACUGUUGGAAAGGAUAGUUGAAGCAAGCAACAAGAAGACCGUCUUUCCAAAAUUGAAGAUAUUACAUUUGGAGGGACUUCCAAUGUUGUACUAUGAAAGUGCUACUUUUGAUAUUGUGUGUCCUGAAUUGGAAGAGUUCUUUGUGAGUAGCUGCCCCAAGUUUUCAGCCUCUUCAUCUGACUUCCACAGCAGGAAACAAGUCCAAUUCAGCUGGUGGAAACGCAAAGACUAAUUGCAAUCAAUAAAACGCAAAGA